GCAUAGUCGAGUCGAGCCGUGAGGGAACGACGAUAAACGACGAAGGCCGCGUCGAAGCGUCGUGAGCGUUCCUAGCGGUAGUUCUCGGAAAUACGUUCACUCGAUAGGAGGAGGACGAUCAUCGUCGUCCGACGGUGCACGGACGAGCUACGAUAGCAAUAUGGCGAAGUGUGUCAUGGGCUCGGUGAGACGUAGUGCCGUUUGAAAGAUGAAAGGUUCGCGGUAUGGGUUGAAGAUAAUCUAGCGUUAUGAGGUUCCUGUGAAAAAUUCUAAAUUGUGCGCGGGUUAGCUGAAACGAGCCGUUCCUCGUGAUCAGUUUAUACGGUGUGCGCGUUGUUACCGGUGUGAAAACACUACCACACAUACACACAUAUACAUUCAUACAUAUAUACAUACAUACAGACAGAAUCAUAUACACGUACAUAUACCAACCAGUAGACAGCAGCGCGCGACACUGCACGCACUACACAUACAUAUAACAUACAUAUUAUAUAUAUAUAUACACAUAUAACAUAUACACGAAAUGGCCACGGAUAAGAUAAAGGUCGCCGUUCGGGUCCGGCCGUUUAAUCGAAGAGAGCUAGAACUCGGUACACAAUGCGUCGUCGAAAUGUCCGCACAGCAGACCAUCUUGCAGCAUCCGACGACGAUGGACAAGAUCGAUCGGAACAAGCCGAAGACAUUUGCGUUCGAUCACUGCUUCUAUUCUUUGGAACCCGGAUCGGAGAAGUUUGCAAGUCAGGAAAUAGUUUUCGAUGCUCUUGGACGCGAUAUUUUGGACAAUGCGUUUCAAGGCUACAAUGCUUGCAUUUUCGCUUACGGACAAACUGGGUCUGGGAAAUCUUACACCAUGAUGGGGAGCGGUGAUCAAAAGGGAAUAAUACCACGGCUAUGUGACAAUCUAUUCGACAUGAUAGCAAAGCAACAGAGUUCUCAGCUGACCUUUAAGGUCGAGGUAUCUUACAUGGAGAUUUACAAUGAGAAGGUGCACGAUCUCCUCGAUCCGAAGCCGAAUAAGCACUCGCUCAAAGUCAGGGAGCACAAUGUACUUGGCCCCUACGUAGACGGAUUGAGUCAGCUCGCUGUAACAUCCUUUCAGGAUAUCGAUAAUUUAAUGGCGGAAGGCAACAAAUCGAGAACAGUGGCUGCGACGAAUAUGAACUCGGAAAGUUCUCGUUCGCAUGCAGUAUUUUCAGUGAUUCUCACGCAAACUCUGACGGAUUCGAAAAGUGGUGUCAGUGGUGAGAAAGUAUCACGAAUGAGUUUGGUAGAUUUGGCGGGAAGCGAAAGGGCUGUGAAAACUGGAGCGGUAGGCGAUAGGCUUAAAGAGGGAAGCAAUAUUAACAAAUCUCUCACGACAUUGGGUCUAGUCAUUUCGAAGCUUGCGGAUCAGAAUUCUGGGGGCAAUAAAAAUAGAGACAAGUUUGUGCCUUACAGAGAUUCUGUUCUAACGUGGCUUUUGAAGGAUAAUCUCGGUGGUAAUAGUAAAACCGUUAUGGUUGCCACCAUAUCGCCUGCGGCAGACAAUUACGAGGAAACGUUGUCGACUCUACGAUAUGCGGAUAGAGCGAAGAGAAUAGUCAAUCAUGCUGUAGUCAACGAAGAUCCAAAUGCAAGGAUCAUACGAGAGCUGAGACAAGAGGUUGAGGCGUUAAAGGAAAUGUUGCUUCAUGCUACGGGACAGGGUUCAAUCGUCGGACAGCAACGCACAGAUAUAACCGAGAAAUUAUCAGAAUCGGAAAGACUUAUGAAGGAGAUGUCACAAACAUGGGAAGAGAAGCUCGUUAAAACUGAAAGACUACAACACGAGAGACAACAGGCAUUGGAAAAAAUGGGUAUCAGUGUCCAAGCAUCUGGAAUACAAGUUGAAAAGAACAAAUAUUAUUUGGUGAAUUUAAAUGACGAUCCUAGCUUGAACGAGCUAUUGGUUUAUUAUCUCAAAGAAAGGACUCUAGUUGGUGGACGUUCGGCAAAAACGGAACAGGACAUUCAAUUACACGGAUUGGGUAUAUUACCGGAACAUUGUGUGAUCACGAUCGAGGAAACCGGUCUUUAUAUGACACCUUUGAACGGUGCCAGAUGUUUCGUUAAUGGCAAUCAGGUAGUCGACAAAACCCCAUUGUUACAUGGCGAUAGAAUCGUUUGGGGAAAUCAUCAUUUCUUCAGGGUUAAUUGUCCGAGAAGUGCUACAGCUAUUAACAGCGAACCACAAACACCUGCACAAAACAUCGAUUAUACUUUUGCGAGGGAAGAAUUAAUGCAAAACGAAUUGUCCAAUGAUCCGAUUCAAAGAGCCAUUGCCAGAUUAGAGAAACAACACGAGGAGGACAAACAAGUUGCACUCGAAAAACAAAGGUUGGAGUACGAACGACAAUUUCAACAAUUACGUAAUAUAUUAUCACCAUCAACGCCAUAUUCACCAUACGUACCGUAUGAUCCCUUGAGAGGCAGCCAAACUGGAAAACUUCCUGCCUGUACGCCUACAACGCAAAUGCGCGUUGAAAAAUGGGCCCAAGAAAGGGACGAAAUGUUCAAGAGAAGUUUGGGCCAGUUAAAGACCGACAUACUCAAGGCCAAUGCUUUGGUUCAGGAAGCUAAUUUUCUUGCCGAGGAAAUGGGAAAGCAAACGAAAUUUAGCGUUACUUUGCAGAUCCCUCCGAAUAAUUUGAGCCCUAAUAGAAAGAGUGUAUUCUUCCAGCGUGGUGCAUUCGUCAGUGAACCGGCUAUAUUGGUAAAAAGGACUAACAUGGGUAGUCAGGUAUGGUCGAUGGAAAAAUUGGAGAACAAAUUGGUCGACAUGCGAGAAAUGUAUGAGGAACGAAAGGAUCCAAAUAAUUGUCAACGAUUACCGAUUGUCAAGGACGAAGUAUUAGGAAAGACCCAAGAUCCAUUUUAUGAGUCACAAGAGAAGCACAAUUUGAUCGGCGUAGCGAAUAUAUUUUUAGAGGUACUGUUUCACGACGUUCGGUUAGAUUAUCACACGCCUAUUAUCAGUCAACAAGGUGAGGUCGCUGGACGACUUCAAGUUGAGAUAAGCCGUAUCGCCGGACAAUUUCCUCAGGAUCGUAUUUGCGAGGCAGCAUCCGAAUCAUCGGGCGAUUCAACGUCCUCUGAGCCAGAUGAUUAUUCUGGAUCAAGUCAUAUUACUUGUCGUGUUACGAUAAAACAGGCAACGGGUUUACCCCUGUCAUUGAGCCAUUUCGUAUUCUGUCAAUACAUGUUUUGGGGAAAUCCAGAACUUAUAGUUGUACCGCCAGUAGUAAAUGCUGAAUUGCCACCCUCGAAUUGUGCAACCGGACAAAGAGAUUCUCUUGCGUUUAGGUUUGAUCACACUGAAGAUUUCAAGGUACCGAUAACGGAAGAAUUUAUAGAACAUUGUGCCGAAGGCGCUUUGAGUAUAGAAGUUUGGGGUCACAGAAGCGCCGGCUUUUCUCGUAGCAAACCCGGAUGGGAAGUUGAACAACAACAAUUGGCCAAAGCUCGUUCAUUAGCCGAUCGUUGGUCGGAAUUAACGAGAAAGAUAGAAUUGUGGGUAGAGAUACAAGAACUCAAUGAACAAGGAGAAUAUUCGCCCGUAGAAGUUGUCACGAAACAGGACACAUGGACAGGUGGAAUUUAUCAAUUGAGACAAGGCCAACAGCGUCGUAUACAAGUUAGAGUUAAACCAGUACAAAAUUCCGGAACUUUACCGAUUAUUUGUCAAUCUAUAUUGAAUAUAGCGGUUGGUAGUGUUUCCGUGAGGAAUCGUCUUCAAAUACCUUUGGAUAGUUAUCAGGACGAGGAUUUGAGUAUAUUGAGAGAAAAAUGGAGCGACGCUUUGAUGAGGCGAAGACAAUAUCUGGAUCAACAGAUACAAAAGCUUAUAAACAAACAAGAAAAAACCGAACAAGACGUUGAACGAGAACAGAGUCUCGUCGAUCAGUGGGUUAGUUUAACCGAGGAAAGAAAUGCAGUUUUAGUACCUGCUGCGGGAUCAGGUAUACCCGGUGCUCCAGCAGAUUGGAAUCCACCACCAGGAAUGGAACCUCAUAUACCUGUCCUAUUCCUUGAUCUCAAUGCCGAUGAUCUUUCAACUCAUCAAUCAGGAGAAGAAGUAUCGGUGACAGGAUUAAACUCAAUUUUACCGAAAGAACAUGGUAACAAAUUUUAUAAUCUACCAUUUAUUCGUCAUUUGGAAAAGGACGUAUGUGCUAUAGCAGCAUGGGAUUCUAGUAUACACGAUAGUGUACAUCUUAACAGAGUCACCGAUGCCAACGAAAGAGUCUUUUUAAUUUUAAAAACGACCGUCCGCCUAUCACAUCCAGCCCCUAUGGAUCUCGUAUUACGUAAAAGAUUGGCGCUAAAUAUAUAUAAGAGACAAAGUAUAACAGAUCGAAUAUUUCGAAAGAUCGUACGUACUGAUUGCUUGGCACAGACCGGUGUAACUUACGAGGUUGUAUCUAACAUACCAAAAGCUAGCGAGGAAUUGGAAGAUCGUGAAAGUUUAGCACAGAUUGCAGCUAGCGGGGAGGACAAUAGUCUAUGCGAUGGUGAAACUUACAUCGAAAAAUAUACCAGAGGUGUCUCAGCCGUCGAAAGUAUCUUAACAUUGGAUCGAUUAAGGCAAAGUGUUGCUGUUAAGGAACUUUUACAAGCUCAAGGUCAACCACUUAUGCGCAAGACAGCAAGCGUUCCAAACUUCUCGCAGGUACUACUGCCACUUCGCCGUCUCGGACGCACUAUAAUGAGGUUUGAUACUUCGAUGGAUUCGUUGAAUGUCACACGUUCAGAAAGCGUAACGGAUCUCAACACAGAAUUAAAUGGUAUGCCGCAUUCACGACGGUCAUCAUCAACGAGUCAUGCGAGGAACGACGAAAACUUCGUAUCUCCACCACCGAAGACUUUUGGAAUCGCGAGACCAACUUUCCUGAAUCUGAACCUGAAUCUCAACUCACUGACACGUCUGCAACAAUCCACCUCUGCCAAGUCAUCCCCAAAUAUGGUCGGUAGUAAAUUGGGUCUACGUAUGACUACGUUACACGAGGAAACAUCUAAUGUUGGAAAUCAAUUAGCAACCCCUAGUCAUGACGACGAAGAAGAAAAAAGUGAUGCCGAUUAUUCUGAAUACGAUGCUUAUCAGGCACCAGCAAAGCCAACAAAGCCGCUAACUUCGUCACGCACAUUGGAUUCACUUGCUGAGUUACAAUCUACGAAGAUCAACACCCCAAGCAUGAGUAGCAGCGGUUAUGGAUCUCAAGCUGUUUCGACGACUAAUUUAACGUCCGAAGAUUCGAUUUCUAUAAAAUCGAUCAGCGUCGACGAAACGCCCGAUUUAGAAUAUAGAAAUUUAUUGGACAAUAAAAAACCAGAGAAGAUGGACAGUUCUCUCGUCGAGGAAACACCGGAGGAAUACACGUGCGAUGUGAACAAAGCGAUGGAAAAUUUAAAUGUCACGGAAGAUCCUCGCGAGGCAAACGUUAGAAAGAAUCUUGAGGAGAUGGGUGCUUAUACGGAUCCUGACACGGAAAGUCCUGUUUCUUCUACGAAAGACGACAGCGAUGCAACUGGCAAUCCAACGGCAUUGAAUGUCCUUCCGAAGAAAGACAUACAAAAUCCUAUUUUAAUUGGUCGAAGAAAAAGUGAAAUGGUAAUUAGUCAGACAUCGAAUUCGGGAGACGAGAGUCCUUUGGAGGGAUCCUCUGUUGUCCAUACGAAACUUCCACCAGGCAAGGUUGUACGAAGAAGGAAAGCUUCUAGUGGUACAGGAAGGCCUACUAGUUCUCAACACAGAGCUUCGUUCCCAAUGGUCCGUCCACAAGUAUCUGAAAGUAAAGCUGCAGCACGAUUGGAACAAACGAUGCAGCCUAAUAUGCCAUAUGAAAAUGGUGACAAUAGUUCAUCUGAAAGAAUCGAUGAUGACACGAGCGAUAAGAGCUCAGCCUUUGGCUCGAGACACGAUCUUACAAGAAUCGAAACCCCUUUACCAGAUUGGGUUGUCGUCGGUGAAUCUGUACUAGUUCGUCCAUACAGUUAUUCGGGUGUUAUAGCAUACGUUGGCCCAACAGAGUUUGCAUCUGGUAUAUGGAUAGGGAUUGAACUUGAUGCACCAACUGGUAAAAACGACGGUGCUGUAAAUGGCCAUAGGUACUUCAAUUGUCGGCCCAAGUGUGGAAUUUUUGUUAAAGUGGAUAAGUUAAUUCAGGAUAGACGAGGAAGGGCACUUAGAAGUUAUAGUAAACAAGAACCUGCACCACCUCCAUCCGCACCCAUACGUAGAAGCGUAAGCAGAGGCGAAGGCUUACAUUACUUGCAUCGAAGUCGGAGCCGAGGAGAAGGUCUUUCAACGACGGGCACCCGUUUCUCUCCCCGAAGCAAGUAAAAACGAAUUAACAACACCGCUUCAUCGUAACUUCGUCUUAUAUAAACAUAAGCCACAUAAAUAAUAAUCCUAAAAAGAAAAAAAGAAAAAAAGAAAAAAAAAAUAAUAAUAAUAAUAAUUGCUACAUGCCUAUGAUAUGUGUAGCAGCAUCAGCAGCAGUGUUUCAGUCCCUUAGACAUUAGGGCAGCUAAUUAUUAAUUGAUUUAUCGAGCGCGCGCGUGCGCACGAUAAUAAUAUAAAUAUUAAUUGAAAUAUUAGGUCGUAUAAUUAUUAAUGUGUAUCACACAAAAGCAUGGGAUGUUUUUUGAUUCAGGCAGAAACGUGCUGGAUAAGCAUAGAGUAAAUCUAAUUCGCAUUUCUGUAGAAUAUAGAGUGGAUUGAUUGGUACAUAUACGUCUCAUAAUGUACCGAAAAAAACAAAACAAAACAAAACAAAAAAAAA